UGGUUCAUCACUGUGACAUGCUGUUGUGAUUUCUUGCUGAUGCUGUGACAGACGAGACAAAUACACUCUCAAGAAAUGAUUUCAAGAAAGGCUUUGUGGUUCUAACUCUCUCUCUCUGUCUUUCUCUCUCAGUUUGUUUGCUCUGCUGUCAAAGAAGCACAAUAAAGUUCUGGAGCAGGCGACCCAGUCCUUGCGUGGGCCUCUGGGAGCAGACGACAUGGCCGUUCUGCCCGACUAUGCUCAGGAUCUGAACGUCAUCGAGGAGGUGAUCAGAAUGAUGCUGGAGAUUAUAAACUCCUGUUUGAGUAACUCGCUCCAUCACAACCCAAACCUGCUGUACGCGCUGCUCUACAAGCGGGAGCUCUUCGAGCAGUUCAGAUCGCAUCCGUCCUUCCAGGAUAUCAUGCAGAACCUCGACACGGUGAUUGGAUUCUUUAGCCAGCGACUGGAGCAGGCAGGAAGUGACCUGUCAGUGGAGAGAGUUCAAGAGGUCAUCAAGAAAGGUGCGGCGGCCCUCCCUAAAGAGCGUCUGAAGAAGUUUCCGGAGCUGAAGUUUAAGUAUGUGGAGGAGGAGCAGCCGGAGGAUUUCUUCAUCCCGUACGUCUGGUCUCUGGUCUUUAACUCUGGAGUGGGUCUGCACUGGAACUCUCAGGGCAUCGAGCUGUUCGGCAUGGACUCACCCUGACGGCGACGCCCGACUCAUCAGGUGUGUCUGUGUAAGUGCCUACACACAGCUCACGCGUCGCAUAUCCAACCCCGGAGCUUCUGUCCUCAUCACACCGCUCAAAGGGCUGCAGCAUCCGCUCCGUCGCUGGCUGCACUGAAUUCUGGGAUUGGUACGAUUUGGGGUUUUAGUCACAGGUCUGAUGUAGCUAAAACACUUCGGUUGAUUGUCUUGUCUUGAUCACUUGUUUGUUUGCUUGUUUCUGUUUGUGGGUCACAUGUGGGGAAAAUGAGUCAAACCAAAAGAUUUCUUAAUCAACAUAAAUCAUACUUUGACCCCAUUAGGAAUGAUUCUUAAAGGAAUAGUUCACCCAAAAAUGAAUGUUCGCUGAAAACGUGGUCACCCUCUGGUCAUUCUAGAUGUAGAUGAGUUUGUGUCUUCAGAAAUGUAGCAUUGCAUCACUUGCUCAGCAAUGGAUC